GUGGUGAGAGAAGGCUGCUAGCCGAUUGGUUGGCACUAAUCUACGUUAAGGUCUAGGUCACUAAUAUGGGCCGUGAGAAAAUAUGAACAAGCCUGAGUCAACAACCAAUCACAGCAAAGUUAACGUGGCAGAAUAUGAUUCGCAGAGAGAACUCUAUUUGUCAAGGAAUCCCGAAACAACCAAUCAGAAGCCUGCGUUUGUCUACCUAAACAACCAAUCAGAUGACUGCGCUUGUCUAUAAUAAUGUUGUCUGAAAUAUGUAUAAAUACGUGUUGAUUUUCAUAAUAAAACGAUCUGUUGCCUGGCCCUUGUCUUCUGUUGUUACAUUUGGUGUCGCUGCCUACCGACAAAUGAAAAGCCUAUACCCUGCAAUUUUUGAUGGAGACAUAUGGAUCUUCGGGCAGGACUUCAAGGCUUCUGCGCAGUUGAGUGGCGUUCAAGAUCUGUCAGCGAUGGAGCUGCUACUUGAGACGCUGCUGGGAGGUCGGGCGAAAGCAGCAUAUGAAGGUGUGGGCCGAAGUAUGGACGAAUGUUCGACAGGGUCAGGCAAACAGUUUCCAAAGCGGGAAGGACCAUAUAUGGUCACUUCGAGAUGGGGUUACGCACACACAGUCGCAAUGGCGAACAAUGAGAGGCGCGUGAACGUCAGCGAGCUCCAGAAAUGGAUACAGCGAGACAAGCCAACGAUGACGCCUGCACCAAGUAGAUCAAGCCGACUUCAGUCGCACGUAUUUGACGGGGGGACGAGUGUGGUGAGAGAAGGCUGCUAGCCGAUU